AAUAAAUAGCAUACCGUCACUUCAGCGCAGGAAGAGGAAGACUUCUCUUCCUGCCUUCUUGAGAUAACGGUAUUUUUGGGACAUGUCCACUUAGAUAUAUGUUAUGCAGCUGCAACACCAAAUUGGCAAAAUGGAUUUAUUUUUGCACAUUUUAUUCACAAUUCAAUGUCUGGCUUUCAAACAAUCUUUAGGUUUGGACGAUUCACCUGAUUCAGAUAAUCGGGCAGUGCUACCAAACGGCCAUCCAAACAGAUGUCUAAAGACUUUAAAGGACACAAAUGCUGAUGUGCAACGACUAGAAACACUUCCAGGAAUGGGAUGGGAUAAUCUACGUAACAUGCAGAUGGACAUGGUCUUUCGGCAUGAGUAUACCCAGUGCAAAACUUCAGAAGAUGGCAUGUUUCUCAUACCGGAUGGGGUGACAGCUCUUCCAACCAAGUUUAGCCGGGUUGUGACAAACAUGAAUGAAUAUGAAAAUUGGAGUAAUUUUACAAGCAUAGACUCACACUCAAUCAAUUCAGAAAUAGGACUGUUUGGCCACUUAAGUCAAAUUGGUGGCAAAUUUUCAUCUGAAUAUGAAACUACCAAGAAAGUGCAAUACCAUCAGAAGACAGCUUUGUAUCGGAACCAGCUACGCCUUUCACGGUACAAAAGUAAUAUCGACAGAGGGUCAAAGCUGAGUGCUUUAUUUGAUAGCAGAAUUCGGAGGAUCGCUGUGCAUAUCAUGUCAAACCGUACACGACUUGCAAGCUAUGAAAGUCAACUUCUUGUACGACGUUAUGGCUCUCAUGUGCUCUCCGCUGUUGAAAAUGGGGGAGCCUUUGUGCAGACGGACCAGCUUAAAACGGAGUUUAACAGUAUAAACUAUAAAAGAAAACAGUCAAUCAUCGCAUCUGCUGGCUUCAAAUUUCUCAACUUUUUUGGUUUUAACAUCAGCGCUGAAUAUUCAAGCAAAUCAGUGACAUCUGAAGAUGAUUUCGACGAGUAUACGAGAUACAGAAUGUCUUCGGAAAUCGUAACACUUGGAGGGAAAAUUACCAAGGCGAAUGAAGAACUUCUUGGUACUUGGCUUGAUUCUUUGGAGAACAAUCUAGUAGCUAUUGACAGAUUUGGGGAACCAUUGUUCUUUUUUGUCCGGGAAGAAUAUUUUCCAGAUAUUCCAGAAUAUGUAGUUUAUCAGGUUCGUCGUGAAGUGCGACAAGCAGUUAACAGCUAUUAUAUGCACAAUGCUUAUAGGGGCUGUAUGAAACCUGGUGCGCCUAAUUUCAGUUUCCAAGCAAACUUGGCGGACAAAACCUGCCAAUCUCAAAAAGCAAAUUAUGGGUUUGGUGGUGUUUUCCAAACGUGUAGGUUAGCACAACACUUUGUCAAUGACUUGUGUGCCGAAUUUUAUCAGCCCAAUCCUCUUACUGGCACAUACAGUUGUCCAGAUAAUUACGAAGCGGUUCUUAUAAAAGAUAGCUCUAAAAGAAUCGGAAUACCCUAUACAGACACAUAUCGCUGUGGACUCCUUCAUUUUUCCACUUGUGAAGAGUCUAAAAUUGUAUACAUAGACAUCUGGUAUCAAGCUUAUUGGUGUGCUGCAAAGGAGUCAGAAGGGUCUGUAAAAGGUUUUCUGUUUGGAGGGUUGUUUACAUCAACCCUGGUAAAUCUGGUAACACAAAUGAAUAGCUGUCCACCGCAUUUCGAUUCGUUGAAAAUACUUGAAGAUCUCUCUAUAUGCGUCUCUUCUGACUAUGAACUCGCCUCAGUAACUGCUGUGCCUUUCGCAGGACUAUUUUCUUGUGGAUCGGGAAAUCCUUUUAUGAAAGCAAGACAUCUGACUAAUUCUUAUGAAUAUCCGCGCAGAUGUCCAGAGGGUUAUAGUCAGCAUCUAGCUGUCGUUUAUGAAGGCUGUGAAAUAGAUUUCUGUAUUGAGGCUGGAUCACUGUCAGCAAAAACCUUGCCAAAAAUUAAAAGACCUCCAUAUAUUCCAAAACCCCUGGAUUUGCAAAAUGGUAUUGGAAACGGGACUAUCAUAUUUAACAGUGAUGGUUCUGUGUGGAAAACAAUUUUGGAUGAUUACUCAAACACUUCAAGGAAUACAACUGAUGCAAAUGUAAAAGCUGUUUCUAACGAUACCAGCCUGAUAAACGACUCUAUUGACACAUUUGAUAAAGAUGAAGCUAACCUUAAAAAUAAAAAAGAUUCGUCAUUACCCGGAGGCACCGCAGCUAUGAUUGCAAUAGCUGUGAUAUUGCUGGCUGUAUUUGUAGCUUUCCUUCUGUAUCGGUAUAGAAAAAGACGUUCAUUACGGUCACAUGGACCGGGGACUUCAAGGUUUAGACAGUUUGAGAAUUAAAUAAAUUCAGUCAUGUAAAUAAACUGACCUAUUUGAAUAGAGACAGAAGUGAUUUUAUAGCCUUUAAUUAGCCUGAUAGUACUUAACCCUUACCCUGCUAAAUUUCUAUCAUGAAUUUGUCCAUCUUUCAAUUUGGACAGUACCAUUUACUGUUAAAAGGCAUGCUUACAAAAAAUACUGAAUGAAUGGCGAAUAUUGCAGAUCUUGAUCAGACUACACUGGUCGCAAAGGCAGAAUCAUUCGUGUCCAGCAUGAUAAGUGAUUUCUGUUUGUGUCUGUAGACAUAUUACAGCCUUAAUAUUUUGUCUGUACAAUUGCAUAUAAAAUAUACUGUAACAUUCUGUUUUAUACCUGAAUGUUCUGUAAACUAUAAUAAUGUAACAAAACCAACUUUGGACUCGCCAUGAAAAAAAUCCUGCAUGAUUUCUUAUGUAUCUAAAUGAGCUGAUGAAACAGAACACACUGAUUGGAAACAAGAAAACAUAUAAGAAUACGAAACGUUAGGUAUCUGCUUUGAUUGAAUAGUUAUUUCUGUUGAAUAACAGUAGCUACCAGGAUUAACCUUGUGUGAUGAUUGGGAGAAAAUGUUCAACAACAUUUGCGAAAUUAGCAUCAUAAGGGGAGUACUGCAAAGCAUACAUGGCAACUGACAAUAGGUGUCCUUUCAUGUUGUUUUCAGUGUUGUUUAUUACUACAAAAUGUUUUACGUUGCAGUAACUGACAAAAUGACCAAAAUUUAUAAUGUUAAGAUACAUAUACAUUAAGUAGCUCCGGUAUUACCGAAGAAUCAAUGUACUAUUUGUAUUUGAAACUUACAUUUUCAUAACGUUUCACAACUAGUAAUUAAAACUGAUAUUAACAAAACGGUGUUACGCAGAAAUUGGACUGUCAUCAACGAACAAAGAAAUAAACAAAUCUUUCAAUAAAGAAUUCGCAGUUAAUAGCGAUUUCAUUUAUUUAUUUAUUUUUGUAAUAUUUGCUUGAAAUAAACAUUAUCAUAUUGAAGACAGUUUCAUUUCAAGAGAGUAAUUCUUUGUAAAUACUUAACCUAGUUUUUUAACAUGUAUGUAGUUCACCCAUACACGAGAAGCAUUCUUUCCUGAAAUCAUUGGUGACGGGAGACACAAAGGAAACUUUAAGAAAAGUCUGAGAGCUACUGAGAGUUGUUGGUUCGGCUCCCGUCACCGACGAUUGUUCACCGCAUCAAAAAGUAAAAAUAGUCAGUUUCCGGUGGAAGAUUAGAGCCUGUCGCACGUUUUUAAGUAUGUGUUGGAUAUCAAGACUGACGAUAUAGUGAUAAAACUGUAACAUUUUAUAUUAAAAGUAAAUAGGCCAAUAUUGCAGCAGGGGGGCUACAAUUGCAUUCAUUUUCUGCAGAUCGACAAUUGUCCUAAAAUCAUUUCAUAGUGUUGAACCUACCAUUUUGCGAAUUGUAUAAGUAUAUACUAAUCAAUAUAUCUGUUUGUAUCAAGAAAACAAAAAUCCUGAUACAAAUUUGGUGGAUCAGAGCGUUUUGAAUAAACAAUAGCAUUGCUUAUUUAGGACAUGCUUCUGGGGUUAUAACUUUACAGUACUUAUUUUUCAUAGAAAUUAUGAACACAUUCCAUUAUAUCAAUGUUUUGACUACGAAAUGAAUCGCCAAUAUUGGGUAUACCAGUAUAAACAAAUAUGACAGAACGCCAUUGUUGUCUAACAUUGAUAUUUUUUCAUGUUUUUCAUUCGUUUUAAGAAUAUAUAGGUUCAUUCGUUCAUUAUAUAAAAUGGAUAAUGUAAUAUAUGGAACCGAUUCGUCUUUAUAUGGAACCAACUUUUCAUUAUAUGAUUGCAAACUAUUAUUCUUGCAUAAAAACUACUUUUUCACUAGAUCCGCCCAUGUAUAAACGGGAGAAAAAUCGUGUGCAAACAAGGCAAUUCACGUGCUGUUUAUACAUGAUUUUUAUUUUUGAAAUGCUUUGCCAGGGCUAUAUGUAUGUAUUUUUAGGCACACUGAUAUUUGGCAUCUGCGUCUUGUUUCUUCCUUAACAAUCUCAUCUUGUAGCAUUAUAGAUACAAUGUAAUCCAUAGUAUGUUUAGCUGUAUCUGUUUCCAACCCCAAACGUACUGCCCCCAUCAAUGUACGCACUAGCUUCUCUUAGAGUUCACUCCCUUUACAAAGCGUCUGUUCAGUCAUUGUAAAUAACUGUGAAUAAAUAAGUAUCGCGUGUAACUUGUGCUAUUGUUCGUUUUUAGGUAUUAUAUUUAUGAUUUUGGUAAGUAUCAGUCGGUAUGUUUUUAUCUAAUUUCUCGAAGAAUUUAUAUAAACAGCUUGGAAACUUGACACUACGUUCGUACUUAUCCGUACUCCAACUGCGUGUCCGUACUCAAUAUAACAUAACUCGAAUGCAAAGUUAUUAUUCUUGAAAUUGUGAUCGAGUCCACCAAAUUGUGAAAUGAUAUGAACAAUUAUUGGUAAUUUUAUGUUUGUAAUAAUGAGAGAUAAAAAAAAAUCACUUAAAAACCUUCAGGAUGUGCUUUUGAUAGUGUUGUUUAUUUCCGGGCCCUGGAUACGGAUAUUUAAAACAUGUUUACCGUUUCGAAGAACAACAGGAAUGGUAAAUAAAAAAUGUACCGGAAUCGUCAAGUCAUCACAUAUGAAAACAAUACAUAAAUCGUCGUAAAAUAUUGUUUUAUGCAAGAAUAACGGAAAUACACGUUUGUUUUGUGUAUUAACGUCUGCAGAAGCCAAUGGGAUAUGUUUGUGACCUCGACCUUCGGUCUCGGUCACAAGCAAUCCCGCGGGCUUCUGCAGACGUUUAUACACAAAAAACGUGUAUUAUCCCUACAUUUUAUAGAUUUGAUUUUAAUUUAUAUGAAUGCAACAUGUAAUAUAAUUAUAGAACCAUUCUGUCCUUAUAUGGAACCAACUUUUCAUUAUAUAAUAGCAAACCAUUAUUUCAUAGAUUUGAUUUUAAUUCAUGUGAAUUCAACAUGUAAUAUACUCAACCAUUCAGUCUUUAUAUGGAACCAACUUUUCAUUGUAUGAUAGCAAACUAUUAUUUCAUAGAUUUGAUUUUAAUUUAUGUGAAUUAAGUCUUUAUAUGGAACCAACAUUUCAUUAUAUGAUAGCAAACCAUUAUUUCAUAGAUUUGAUUUUAAUUUAUGUGAAUUCAGUCUUUAUAUGGAACCAACAUUUCAUUAUAUGAUAGCAAAUUAUUAUUUCAUAGAUUUGAUUUUAAUUUAUGUGAAUUCAGUCUUUAUAUGGAACCAACAUUUCAUUAUAUGAUAGCAAACCAUUAGUUCAUAGAUUUGAUUUUAAUCCAUGUGAAUUCAACAUGUAACAUACUCAACCAUUUCAUUAUAUGAUAGCAAACUAUUAUUUCAUAGAUUUGGUUUUAAUUUAUGUGAAUUCAACAUGUAAUAUACUCAACCAUUCUGUCUUUAUAUGGAACCAACAUUUCAUUAUAUGAACGCAAACCAUUAUUUCAUAGAUUUGAUUUUAAUUUAUGUGAAUUCAGUCUUUAUAUGGAACCAACAUUUCAUUAUAUGAUAGCAAACCAUUAUUUCAUAGAUCUGAUUUUAAUUUAUGUAAAUUCAGUCUUUAUAUGGAACCAACAUUUCAUUAUAUGAUAGCAAACUAUUAUUUCAUAGAUUUGAUUUUAAUUUAUGUGAAUUCAGUCUUUAUAUGGAACCAACAUUUCAUUAUAUGAUAGCAAACUAUUAUUUCAUAGAUUUAAUUUUAAUUUAUGUGAAUUCAGUCUUUAUAUGGAACCAGCAUUUCAUUAUAUGAUAGCAAACUAUUAUUUCAUAGAUUUGAUUUUAAUUUAUGUGAAUUCAACAUGUAAUAUACUCAGCCAUUCUGUCUUUAUAUGGAACCAACAUUUCAUUAUAUGAUAGCAAACCAUUAUUUCAUAGAUUUGAUUUUAAUUCAUGUGAAUUCAACAUGUAAUAUACUCAACCAUUCUGUCUUUAUAUGGAACCAACAUUUCAUUAUAUGAUAGCAAACUAUUAUUUCAUAGAUUUGAUUUUAAUUUAUGUGAAUUCAACAUGUAAUACACUCAACCAUUCUGUCUUUAUAUGGAACCAACAUUUCAUAAUAUGAUAGCAGACCAUUAUUUCAUAGAUUUGAUUUUAAUUUAUGUGAAUUCAGUCUUUAUAUAGAACAAACAUUUUAUUAUAUGGUAGCAAACCAUUAUUUCAUAGAUUUGAUUUUAAUUUAUGUGAAUUCAGUCUUAAUAUGGAACCAACAUUUCAUUAUAUGAUAGCAAACUAUUAUUUCAUAGAUUUAAUUUUAAUUUAUGUGAAUUCAGUCUUUACAUGGAACCAACAUUUCAUUAUAUGAUAGCAAACCAUUAUUUCAUAGAUUUGGUUUUAAUUUAUGUGAAUUCAACAUGUAAUAUACUCAACUAUUGUCUUUAUAUGGAACCAACAUUUCAUUAUAUGAUAGCAAAUUAUUAUUUCAUAGAUUUGAUUUUAAUUUAUGUGAAUUUAACAUGUAAUAUAUAGAACCAUUUUGUCUUUAUAUGGAACCAACUUUUCAUUAUAUGAUAGCAGACCAUUAUUGUAGAGAUUUGAUGCCCCUAUAUGCAUUCAAAUUGUAAUAUAUGGAACCAUUCUGUCUUUAUAUGUAACCAACUUUUCAUUAUAUGACGGCACACCAUUAUUUUAUAGAUUGGAUUUCCCUUUAUAUGCAUUCAAAAUGUAAUAUAUAGAAUCAUUUGUCUUGAAUAGUUAAUUGGUUUUUGAUUAAUAGUUGUUACGCAUUCACAAAGUGGAAAAAACAGCUUCAUUUUAGUAAUUUUCACAACUGUUAUGAUGGAUUUAAAUUUCUGAAAUCUUGAUGUUUAAUCUGUUCAUGAAAGUUAUUAAAAUGAUUCAGGCAGA